AUGACUAACAUCGAUAACCAGUCCCCAAGUUCUGUAUCAAUAAUGUGGGUCUUAUUUGAGGAAAAACCGAGAGCUGUUAAGUUGAAAAAUGACAUAACACAAAUUCCAGAACUAGAUGACCUCUACCCUGUUCUCAAAAAAGAGUUUAAUGAACUUCAAGAUAUCGAACGAAGUGACAUUGAAUUUUUUUCCUUCGAUGACUAUCAUAAACUCUCACCUCUUCGUAGUGGAACAUUACUUACAGAUAUAGUAACAACGGAUAUAUCCCCGCUUGUUGUGAGGUACCCCUUUUCAGAUACUAGCG